AUGUGUAUCAUAUAUGUUGCAUGUACAUUGUAUGUGUUACAGAUAGCAUGUUUGCAGUUUGAUGGUCGCUUGAAACAGUGCGUAGAAGUGAUGACACCCGAUGAAACGAUACUUUUGCGCGCUGAAGACGAUGCGCCGAACGACGACUGGUACGAAGCGCUGAUGUCCGCAGCGAUACCGGCACGUGUGCUUCGCCUUGGACGGCCCGUUCUCGAAACUGAAUUCUUCGAAUGUGCCUGGGAUGUGAAUUUAGUGGAUCGUCCGAAAUUGCGCAAGGCAAUUGCUAACUUGGAGCGGCGGGAGAAUAUUUGCAAAAAGAACCCAGCAUUGGCGGGGGCGCAUCGCCUGUGUUUUUAUCCACACACCAUAAUCCUCUGCCGACGAGGCAUUGAACCAGCAAAGCUCAGUGAUUUACCGCCAUCCGGUAUUCCUCCCUUCAAACCCAGCGAUUUUAUUGAUAUACCGGUAAGUUCCGUUAUAAUAAUAUAUGGAACAGUUAAAACAGCUAUAAUUCGUGGUUUGGCCCAUCUGGCAACUGCUUUGGCCGAUGCCACAUCUCCUGGCGGAUUGGCCAGUGGCGCUCUUGAAAUUCAUUUCAUCUCCUGA